AAACAUACAAUCAGUAGCAUUCUUAUUAUAGAAAAAAACACAAAGUAUUUUUUGUCUGCAUAAUUAAUUGAACCAGCUUAUGUUACCAAAAAUAAUUGUAUACAUAGGCCUUCAUAAAGAAAUCUCAAUUUCAUUUUGCAAAAUGCAUAUCUCCCAUCAAAUGGCAUAUUGCUCUGUAUGAAUGGGUUGUGAAUGGGUGAAUGAUGAGGUGUGGUAACGACUGGAUAAAGCACUAGAUAAAUACAGUCCAUUUACCAUUCCAGUCCCCGGUCAUAGAGUGUUGACCGGUACUUUUAGAGGUGCCUGUUGGCACCCUGGGCACUGCUGAGAUUCCAUUGAGCAAGGCAUCGGACUCCCAUACUUCUACCUAGUAUAGUAGCUGACAACUGCUCUUAGCACUUGAAUGGGUUAGUCGAAAUUUCACUAUUCCCAAAAUGACACUACUCUGUCCUGGAGGUCAAUUUUAGGAGGUUAUUACGGAAGAGGAUUAUGGCCACAUUUUUCUCAGAAUUCUGAGUUUAAAGUCAGAACUAAACAUUUUUUUUCUUUUGGUCACGUCCCAAUGUUUUUUCUCAUGUGGCCCUAAUCCUCUUCCGUAGACAAGAGUUAAUAUUAGACUUCAUUGUUUUAUUUUUUUACUCACGUAUCUUAAAAUAGCUGUUAGGGCCUCCUUGUCUCCAAGCCUUUGUCCCAUCUUCCACCUGAAGGCUGCAGCAGUCCCUUCCACCGGCAGCAGGGGGCGACACGUCCACAACACAGCAGCCUGAAAUCAUUACGUAGUGCUGCUGCUGCCUUUUGUGUGUGUCUUGUGAGCCUGCUGACACCGCCCCUCCGGAGGGUGCAGCGGGACCGUCACACGCCUACUGUGUCGGUUAGGUCUGCUGGCUGGCUGUAAACAAAACCCUACAGCAGCGCGAUGUACGAAAUAUACCUGUAUCCCGGGGAGAUAACGGAGCUAACGGUGGUAGCCAUGUAAACCGCAACCACGGGUUACAGUACUGGAACGUUACGACGCUUGGUGGUUGCCAGAACUGUCAGUGCUUUACUCGGUGGUUUUACAGGUAUUUUUCUUGUGCAAUGGUUGUCAUAAUGGUCACCCGGUGAUUUGUACAUCAAAGCUAGCUUGCUAACCGUGAGCUAACCGUACACAUCUGGCUGCUAAUUUCGCACCACUAGCUAUAAUAAUUCCAGAUAAACGUGAACAUGGCAGCAGCAGCGGAGCACGACCUGGCUCUGUCUGAGGCGGACAGCAGCAAGGAGAAGGCUCAGGUGUUUGGGAUUUUGAGGCUACAAGAGGAGAAAGCUGGUGUUGUUGGGGAUAAAGCUAGCAGCACAGCGAGAGGAGGAGGAGACGGGCGAUGGCAGGCUCCUAUCUUCGCUUUGGCCAGGAAAGCAUCCGAGACCAUUUCAGGGAGUAUUCACGUCCUGCCCAAAGUGUCGGAGCACAGGACGUCUCUGCCCGGGGACUGGGCCGUCCAAGCGCUGCGAGACCCCAUGGCGAUGGAGCGAACCAACCUGCUAAACAUGGCCAAGCUGAGCAUUAAAGGGCUGAUCGAGUCAGCUCUGAGCUUUGGACGGACUCUGGACUCAGACUACCCGCCUCUCCAGCAGUUCUUCGUUGUCAUGGAGCACUGCCUCAAACAUGGCCUUAGAGUGAAGAAGUCCUUUCUGGGCUUUAACAAGUCUCUGUGGGGUCCUCUGGAGCUGGUGGAGAAACUUUGUCCUGAAGCAGCAGAGAUCUCCGCCUCUGUACGCGACCUGCCUGGACUUAAGACUCCAUUAGGCAGGGCCAGAGCUUGGCUGCGUCUCGCUCUCAUGCAGAAACGGCUGGCCGACUACCUGCGACUCCUCAUCACCAGAAAAGACCUGCUCAGUGAUUUCUAUGAGAACUCAGCGCUGAUGCUGGAUGAGGAGGGGGCCGUGAUCGUGGGCCUGCUGGUGGGCCUGAACGUCAUCGAUGCUAACCUGUGUGUCAAAGGCGAGGACCUGGAUAGUCAGGUUGGGGUGAUCGACUUCUCUAUGUACUUGAAGAAUGACAUUGAUGAUUACCGGAGUGAAGAAAGGAAUAGCCAGAUAGCGUCCAUCUUGGAUCAGAAGAACUACGUAGAGGAACUGAACCGACAACUCAACUCCACAGUUCACGGUCUUCAGGGCAGAGUGGACAAUCUAGAGAAGUCCAACACUAAACUCAUAGAAGAGUUAGCCAUAGCCAAGAACAACAUCAUCAAACUGCAGGAAGAAAACCAGCAGCUGAGGAGUGAAAACACCCUAAUUGUGCUGAAGACACAACAACAUUUAGAGGUAACCCAGGGCGAUGCGUCAGUGGAGAGAGACACGUACAAACAGUCUCGUCAGGGUUUGGAUGAGAUGUUCAGCGAUGCUCAAAGGCAACUGAAGGAGGAGUGUCAGCUCAGACAGGAUGUGGAGAAUGAGCUGGUCGUCCAGAUGUCCAUGAAACAGGAAAUGGAGCUCGCUAUGAAACUUCUGGAGAAAGAUAUUCAUGAAAAGCAGGACACACUAAUCGGACUGAGACAUCAGCUGGAUGAGGUCAAAGUCAUCAAUGUGGAGAUGUACCAGAAGAUGCAGUCGUCAGAUGAUGAGAUGAAGAAGAAGAAUGACGUGAUCACUCGUCUGGAGGAGAAGACCAAUCAGAUCACUGCCACCAUGAAGCAGCUGGAGCAAAGUGAUAUGGAUCUGCUAAAUCAGACCCGAACGCUUGCUAUGUCAUUUGUUAAUUGUGCCAGCUCAGACACAGAGCACCAGUACAAGCUAGUGAAGGACAUCUCCUUCUGAGGACACAUGCAGUCACACCAUGGCUUAUGACUGAAUACAUAAACAGACUUAACUUAAAGGGUUAUUCGAGCUCUAGUUAAAUCCCGUUCAGACAACUUGUGCUGAAUGGAUUUCCUCUGACUGCCCUGGUUCAGCUGGUCAGAGAACUGUCUGAAUAUUACUGAAUCUGUUGUACUUUAAUAGUAACAUUUUAAAAAUAAUUGUACACUACUUUAUCUAUUCACUUACACAUGCAUACAUAUGCUACACAUUGUUCCUGUCUGCAGUAGUCAGUUUAUAUGCAGUAACACUGACAGUAAGAUAGUUGACAAUGAGAUGUUAUCAUAGGGUUGUUGUUGUUGUUGUUCACAUUGAGUUACAAUGAGUAUAGUGGGCAUAACAACAACACCUAGUGUAAAUGUAGUGUUUAGGGACUGUAUUAAGGAACUGUACAAAUGUAAUUGGAGUGGGGAGGAGGUAACAUUAUUUGUUAAAAAUGGCUACACUGUCCCCACAACAUCUUGUAAUAUUUGAUUUCUGAUUGAUCUUUGCCAUUAAUAACUGAAAUUGCUUAAAUAAUGUAAUGUGGUGUACUCCAAUUAAAACCAUAAAAUGUUAAUGGUUUAAUCAAUAUUCACAUAGCUACCAAAUUUGCCAAAAAUGUUGCUGAUGUCUGGGAAAACCACAUGACAUCUAGAGAGAUAACAUUCAUUAACGACAGUCACCCUCAAAGGUUUAGGCUGCCAUCCACCCAGUACCAACUGGGAACACACGUGUAAUCCUUCCUCCAUUUUUCUAAACUCCCUCCUAAUAAUUUCUGUACAGUCCCUUAAUAGCAUCCACGUUGGCUCUGCAGAAAAGUUGAGUACUAUGUCAUUUUGAGCCAUGCUAUCUUUUGACCUUGUGGCAGCCAGUCUAAACAACCUUAGAUCAUAUAACCUAGGAAUAGUGUUUCCACGGCGGCCUGCACCUCAUCAGAGUCACUCCAGAUGUCAGACAGGAGUUUGCCUGUGCAGCCUCCUGCUUUAUUUUGCUGCUGUGCAUGUGACCUGCUGCUGAGCGGCUGUGAAGACCCUUGCUGCGUCUGAACUCAGUCCCUCACUCACUUCUCUCUCAGUGAUUCACAUUCAGAAGUGUUCUCUAUAGUGAGCAGAACAUUUGAGCCAAUUCUGAACCAUUGUCAUUUUGCAUCUCCACGUACAGGUGACUUUUUUUUGUACCCUUUGGACACUAAUUAAAGGUCAGGGGGAAAUAUAUUUCACUCCAGAGCUGCAACAGUUAGUAAAUCAACAGGAACAUAUUUGCCAAAUCAUUUGAUCACUGUUUAAUCUCAAAGUAAUUUUUCAUGCAAAAAUUGGGGAUAAACGGCUUUUAAUUAUUAAAAAAGGAAAUAUCUUUGGUUUUGGUCGAACAAUAUCCGACAUCUAUAAACAGGACUUUGGACUUGGAGAAACUGGGAUGGAUUUUUACUAUUUUUGUUAUAUUAAUGAAAACAAUAGUUUGAUGCAGCUCUAGUGCACUCUAUAGUUAAAAGGGAUUGAUUUUGGACACAGCCGCCUCCUUCUGCCAUUGAUUUACUUGAACUGAAAAUGGUAAGGUUGAGUCAGUUUUGCAGAUAAAGCUCAGCAGCUUCAGCUCAUGUGAUCUGUUCCUGCAGGCUAGGCCGACUGUAAAGAAUUGUAAACGUUUGAUGCUUUUCUCAAGCAGACUUAAAUGUUGUUGGGUCUUGUUUUUGCAUAUUUAUUGGCUUUUGUGAUAGAUGAGAUUCAUUCGUCCUAUUCUAACUCCAUGUUCACAAUACUGUAACUCCUCUCAAUUUGUAGAAAAAUAAGCACUUAGUACAGCUGUUGAAAACUCACAACUACUGUCUUUUACCGCAGUAACCAAUAAAGUUAGAUGUUUUGAAAGUG